AUGGCAUUUCUUCGCAAUUCUCUACUUAAACUUAUACCUACACCAACCAAAUCUAUUUUUGCAUCACAAAAACGUUUCUAUUUGUUACUUCACGAAUAUGUCUCAAUGGGAUUAUUGGAAGAGGCUGGUAUUCGCGUGCCAAAGUAUCGUUUGGCGGAAACGGCUGAUCAAGCCUAUAAAAUUGCUGCUAGCCAAGAACUUGGCAACGAUCUUGUUAUCAAGGCACAAAUUCUUGCUGGUGGUCGAGGCAAAGGUACAUUCGAUACCGGACUGAAAGGUGGUGUGAAGAUGACCUAUUCACCAGAUGAAGUGAAACAGAUUUCAUCAAAAAUGUUGGGUCACCGUCUAUAUACUAAACAAACGGGUCGUGAAGGCAAGCCUGUUAGUAAAUUGAUUUUGUGCGAAAAACUAUUUACUCGACGAGAAUAUUACUUUGCUUUGGCAUUAGAACGACGUUUUGAUGGUCCAGUGCUCAUCACUUCGACUCAAGGUGGUACAAAUAUUGAAGAGAUAGCUAUGGAACAUCCAGAAGCAAUCAUUCAUCAUCCAAUUGACAUUCAUACAGGUUUAGAACAUAAAGAUGCGUUGAGCAUUGCGGAGAGACUUGGAUUUCGUAAUGAAGCUCUUGAAGAAGCAGCAGACACUAUGAUGAAAUUAUACAAAUUAUUUAUUAGCAAAGAUAUCAUUCUCUUGGAAAUUAAUCCGUUAACUGAAGGCGCCGAUGGAAAAAUCUAUUGUAUGGAUUGUAAAAUAAAUGUUGAUGCUAAUUCUGAAUUUCGCCAACAUGCGGUAUUCGAGCAGAAAGAUAAUAGUCAAAACGAUUGGCGUGAUAUCAAAGCUGAAGAGUCAAAUCUGAAUUACAUUGGUCUCGAUGGUGAAAUAGGAUGUUUGGUCAAUGGUGCUGGUCUAGCUAUGGCAACUAUGGAUAUUAUUAAACUACAUGGUGGUAAUCCAGCUAAUUUUCUUGAUGUUGGUGGUGGCGCUUCGGCUGCCCAAGUGAAAAAUGCAUUCGAAUUAAUUACAGCCGAUCCACGAGUGCAAGCUGUGUUCGUGAAUAUUUUCGGAGGAAUUAUGCGAUGCGAUGUUAUUGCCCAAGGAAUUGUUGCAGCUGCCAAAGAACUUAAACUAACCAUCCCAAUCGUUGUUCGAUUACAAGGAACACGAGUUGAUGACGCUAAAGCUAUCAUUGCCACCAGUCAAUUCAAAAUUCUCCCUUGCGAUGAUCUAGACGAUGGAGCUCGAUUAGUUGUCAAACUUGCUCAGAUCGUCAGCUUGGCUCGAUCAGCUUCCAUAGCUGUUCAAUUCGAAUUACCAAUUUAA